CACCUUCAACUUCCAAGUUCCAACCCUCACCUCCACCACCUUUCCCAAACCAUAAAACUCCAUCAAAAUGACCACCAUUGAUACCAAGAACCUCAACUCAACCUCCACUGAUAAGACCGUCAUCGAUGAAGUCUCCGGCUGGCUCCGUCUCUUCGACGACGGUACCGUCGACCGUACUUGGACAGGUCCUCCUGAAGCCCUCUUCCUCAUGUCCUCCAUCCCUCCUUCACCCACUCCAAACGCCGACAACGUCACCGUUCAUGAUCUCCCCGGAAAACCCAACCUCCGGCUAUACCUCCCCGCCGGCACUCUCCUCCCCAUCCUCCUCCACUUCCACGGCGGUGGUUUUUGCAUAAGCCACAACAGUUGGUACAUGUACCAUCAAUUCUACUCUCGCCUCGCCGGAGCAAUCCCUGCAGCCAUUUUCUCCGUCGAGCUCUCUCUGGCACCAGAACACCGGCUACCCGCCCAGAUCUAUGACUCUUUUUCCGCGCUUCUUCGUCUUCGAUUGAUAUCAAAAAACCAAAACUCUGACCCUCUCUUCUCAUCACUGGACUUCUCACGUGUCCUCCUCAUCGGAGACAGCUCCGGUGGAAACCUUGUCCAUGAGGUGGCAGCUCUAGCCGGCAAUGAAACAGAUGAGUUCUGGUCUCCGGUGAAGCUCGCCGGAGCUAUACCAAUCCACCCAGGGUUUGUCAGAGCAACACGGAGCAAGUCUGAGCUAGAAAUGAAGCAGGAUCCGUUCUUAACUUUGGACAUGCUUGAUAAGUUCUUGGCAUUAGGGUUUGCCGGAAGGGGCAACCAAGGACCACCCUACACUUGUCCGAUGGGGACGGCGGCGCCGGCGAUGGAGAACCUGAGAUUGCCGCCGUUCAUGGUGUGCGUUGCUGAUAAGGAUUUGAUCAGAGACACGAAUUAUGAGUAUUGUGAAGCCAUGAAAAAGGCCGGGAAGAAGGUGAAGGAGUUGGUCAGUGAAGGUAUGAGCCAUUCGUUUUACUUGAAUAAGAUGGCUGUUGAUUCUGACCCUGUUACUGCUCAGCGUACUAAGGAGCUCAUUCAUGCUAUUAAGGAUUUCGUUAGCUGCCCUUGAUGGAGAAUUUGAGCAUGAGCUUUGGUUUUAGGUUGAUCAUGUAAUUGUGAUGUUGUUUACUCACUGUUUAUUCAAGUCAAAAGUUUGUUACUGUAUGGAAUUUUAAUUUGAUGUCAGAUCGACUAGAAAGAUAGCGAUGAUUGUCGGUCAUGAUCUCAUCAAUGUAUGAAGUAUUUGAUGAAUAAAAUAUAUUAUUUUUAUA